AAUCCAUUGCGGCAUAGCAACAAGAAGCGCCACCGCGUUAUUGAAUGCUAAGGAGUAUUGUGCAAGUUUGGCAUUUCUCACAACAAAAUGGUAGAAGAAUGACAGAAAAUGAAGAAAGCAUGUCUGAUUGCGAAAGCCUCCUCAAAGCUCAGGAUGUGAUAAGCACUGGAGAUGUUUUAAAGCUAAAAAGAGCUACUUCUGACUAUUUAUGUACCCUAGACCGCAAUAUUUACGACAUACAGUUUCUUAGCUUUUCUUUGAGAGAUAUGGAAAGCAACGCCGUUAUCUUUGAAGUUCGAAAACCACCAUCAGAAUAUUUUCAAAAUGAUUGUGAACAAAAAAGAUGUGUACGUUACAAGUUUAGUCCAGACUUUCUCUAUCUUAGGACUGUCGGCGCGACAGUUGAAUUUUCUAUUGGUGACAAAUAUAUUUCGGAAUUCCGCAUGAUUGAGCGUCAUUAUUUCAAAGACAAACUACUAAAAAGCUUUGAUUUUAAUUUUGGCUUUGUCAUCCCUAAUUCUGUCAACACUGUGGAACAUAUUUAUGAGUUUCCGAAACUUACUGAUGGUGAUGUUAGAGAUAUGAUUCAAAAUCCUUUCGAAACACGUUCAGAUAGCUUUUACUUUGUUGAUGGAGCACUUGUCAUGCAUAACAAGGCUGAAUAUGCCUACAACGGAUAAAAUGAGCAGUCGAGUAAUUAUUUACAACAUAUCGGACAACUAUCCCCUUUUCCUGUGUUUUGUAGUCUUUCGCCUGAAGUAACAGAUAGCAAUAUUCUAAUAAUGUGCAAUUUAUUGACGUUUGUGAAAAUUGGAAUUUUCCUUGUGAACUCUUUGAUUCAUGGGCUUAGAUUUCAUAAUUGUUUUUAGGUUUGGUGACAAGGCUUAUCGUAAUCGUUUGCCUACGGAUGCCUUUGUUUAUUUAGUAUUUUUGGGGGUGCAUUUAUCGUAUUUACUGAAACUCCUUGCAACCAGUUGUUAAACCGAUAUACGUUCACAAUUGUUUUCCUGCCUUUGAAGUUUUCUUGUCUUUGGCGGUUUCCAAAUUUAAAGGAUGUAUACUGUCAAAUGUUACUCGUAAAUCUCAAGACGACAUAAUUAAAUUACUGCUUUUCUAAUACAUGAUAAAGAGGGUAUUUUCAACUUUGAAAUAUCUAGGACUAUCAGCGAAGUUACUUACUGAAUGCUUUUCAGUACAUCUGAGCCAACUUUGAAAAAGAGUGCUGUUUAUACUUAGUUCUUCAGUUUAGAUUGUACCAUUUUUUAUUUCGAUAGUAAAUAUAUCUGUUGGCAGCUAUGCUUAUCACUGA